AUGGAAGUGGAACAGGGCCACGGCCAGGAUCAAAACUAUGGAUAUCAAGAUGAGGCCCUCGAUGUUAAGCCGUUGCUUGCUCCGACCGAGGAUGCGCCGCCGCCCCACAUCGAAUUCAAGCCGGACGUGGAUCGAGCUGAUGAUGGGGAGCGCCGCGACAAGGAGCGCGAUCGCAAAAAAGAUAGGAAGCGCUCUCGCUCACGGGACCGAAAGGAGAAGAGGCGCAGUCGCAGUCGAUCGCGUGAACGUCGUGACCGUGACCGCGGAGGCCGUGGCGACCGUGAUCGUGGUGACACCAGACGGCGCGAAGAGCCGCUACCGAGGCGCAAAAAUAAAUAUUGGGAUGUACCGCCGCCAGGCUUCGAGCACAUGACCCCACGCGAGUAUAAAGAGCAGAUCGCUCUCGGCGUGAUCCCUCGCCACACACUACAGUCUGCGGUGCCAAUCGUUGGACCCUCCAUUACUUGCCAAUCACGCCGUCUAUACGUUGGCAACAUACCGUUUGGCGUGAACGAAGAAGCUAUGCUCGACUUUUUCAACCAACAGAUGCACCUAUGCGGCUUGGCGCAGGCGGCGGGAAAUCCAGUAUUGGCCUGUCAAAUCAAUCUCGACAAGAACUUUGCGUUCAUAGAAUUCCGUUCGGUGGAUGAGACGACUGCUGGGAUGGCCUUCGAUGGCAUCAAUUUCAUGGGUCAAUCGCUGAAAAUUCGCCGCCCGCGUGAUUAUCAGCCGGUUUCUGUCAACUAUGAGCUGAACUCUCGAUUGCCAGUGUCGAACAUCGUGGUGGACAGUGCGAACAAAAUCUACGUUGGAGGGCUGCCUACAUACUUGACGGAGGACCAGGUGAAAGAGCUGCUCUCCUCGUUUGGACAACUGAAAGCAUUCAACCUGUCUUUGGAUUCGGCCGGACAGAGCAAAGGCUACGCUUUCUGCGAGUACCUCGAUCCGACGCUCACUGAUCAAGCUAUUGUUGGGUUGAACGGGAUGCAGCUCGGUGACAAGAAGCUCAUCGUCCAACUGGCCUGCGAGCAACAACGAGCCAUCUCCUACAAUCCAUUGCAAUCAUCAGGAAUCGAUCUCUCGCAGGGCGCCGGUGAGGCCACGACCGUUCUUUGCCUGAUGAACAUGGUUGGUGAGGAUGAACUGAAGAACGAUGAGGAAUACGAAGAUAUCAUGGAAGACAUUCGGGAAGAGUGUAACAAAUACGGCGUCGUCGUCUCCGUCGAGAUUCCUCGUCCAGUUGAUGGCGUGGUGAUUCCGGGUGUUGGAAAGGUGUUCGUCGAGUUCGUCUCCACUGCCGAUUGCCAGAAGGCACAAGCCGCACUUACGGGACGGAAAUUCGCUCAACGCACCGUCGUAACGUCAUACCACGAUCCCAAUGAAUACCACAAGAUGAAGUUU